GGAGAUGUCAAAUACAUGUAGUAGUGCACGUUUGCACUUUGGUAACCAAUCAAUUUUUCAGAUAUUUUUGUGCUUACAUUUAGAAACCGACAUGUUUGAAUAACAUGAGAAAAAAUAGGAUUGUGUUUUAUUACAGGACGAAAUGAAAGAAACGACAUUUUUUAAAAUUCCUAUACAUAUAUAUACGUGUACGUAAGGUCACGCAAAUAUAGGACAUUAUAGACGUAGUUAUUCGUGUAAGACGCUGUACUCUGACCCGGUUAAAUAGAAAUCGGAGAUUGUACAGAAGACUAGUUUACUUGAAGGAAAAUGAGGGAUAACUGGAGAGAUUGUCAGGCAUGGAAGGAAUUUGGUGUUGAUCUGUCCACAACCAACAAUGAAGCUGCUAAAUUAUUCGACGCUGUUUUGACUCAGUAUGUCGGGUGGUACGAUGACAACAGCCUGGGAGGACUGGAAAACUCGGUGGAGAAAAUGAUAGCUACGGACCCAAAAUUCGUGAUGGGUCACGUAAUCAAGAAUGGCCUGGAUGCGCUUGGAACUGGGCGAUCUUAUUAUCUGGAUAAAGAAUUCCAGACAGAGAUCCAGACCAUGAUAGACUUAGGAAACAGCCCUAGUACUCUCCCACGUGAAAAGCAACAUAUCAACGCUGUCAAAUUGUGGUCUCAAGGAGAAAUGACAGAUGCUUGUCAGAUUUGGGAGUCCAUUUUGGUAGAGAAUCCCCUCGACAUGCUGGCUCUGAAGUUUUCCCAUGACUCUUAUUUCUACCAGGGUCACCACCCUCAGAUGAGAGACAGUAUUGCUAGGGCUAUGCCCCACUGGAAAAGCUCCAUGCCACUAUAUAGCUACUUGUUUGGUAUGCAUGCGUUUGGCUUGGAGGAAUGCAAUCAUUAUGAUGAAGCAGAACGGCUUGCUGCAAAGGGUUUGGAACUGAAUCGUAAUGACUGCUGGUCUACACAUUCUAUGGCCCAUGUUCUGGAGAUGACAGGCAGGUCCACAGAAGGGAUCAAGUUUAUGUCUACAACAGAAAAUGACUGGAAUGUCUGUGCAAUGCUUGCCUGUCACAAUUACUGGCAUUAUGGGGUCUUCAGCAUUGAGAGGGGCUUGUAUGACGAGGCAGUUGGUUUAUUUGACACACAGGUGGGACCAAGAGCAGUCAAAAGUGGUGCCAUGUUGGAUAUGGUAGAUGCCUGUUCAUUACUCUACAGACUAAAACUCGAGGGAAUAAAUGUGAAAGACAAAUGGAAGGAAUUCAACGAGGUUUGCAAACAUCAUGCCGAUGACCAUAUCCUGACGUUCAAUGAUGCUCAUUUUUUAAUGGCAAGCCUCGGAGCUGAGGACAAGGCGACGACAGAUAAAAUGAUGAUGUCACUGAAGGAAUUUGCAAAAGGAACAGGCAAGGGAGACAACCAAAGAAUCAGUAAAGAAGUGGGCGUGCCUCUGUGUGAAGCUUUGGUUGCAUAUGACUCUGGGGAUUUUGCGAAAGCUGUUUCUCUAGUGAAUCCAAUUAGAUACAAAAUCUUAACAAUUGGAGGAAGUCAUGCACAGAGAGAUGUCUUCAAUCAGUUCCUUAUCCACGCAGCCCUUCAGUCACCAGAAAAAGCACACAAUAAGUUGGCAAGGGUUCUUCUGACAGAGAGGAAAACAUUGAAAUCGAACGCACCACUGACCGACAGACUGAUCACGAGAGCCAUGGCUGUACAUACAGCUGAUUAAACCAUGCAAUGUCAAAUUCUGUACAUAAGUACUGGAGGACAGGACCACCACCAACACAAAUGUAAUAAUCAACAUUGAUUUUUUGUCACCCUCUAAAAAAAUCCGCCGUGAAGAUAUAUACGCUCAAUAACAAAGAGGUCACACAUCACUAGAGAUGAGGACUGGCAGGUGCUUGUGGUGGUCAUGUCCUCAUUACAUACACGAAUAUGUGUAUUUCUAUCUCAGUGGUAUGUAGUUGGUAUUGGUAUUGAAUGUUCUUUAUUCAAAGAAUAACACGUUUUACUUUAGUACAAUAUCAUGUACAAUAAGAAACAUGUUUGGCCUACUUUCUACUUUGUAAUACUUAUAGGAGUUGUGAGAUUGAUCACUGUUCGUUAUCUUCACCUUUCACCAUACAUUACAUGUAGUUAGGACAUAUACUAAUAUUAUGAUAUAAUCUGAAAUGUGCAGAUACGUUUUAUAUAAUAUAAAUGUAUAAACAUACAGUGGUUGUUUAAAACAUUGGUUAUACGUGACGAGGCAAUGACAUGUGAUUAAACAUUGGGAAAAUAAAUAUUUCACAACUUUA